AUGCCAUAUCCACACCACGAUAGGACCUUUUACUCCGGGCUUCCUGUCCGUAAAGGUAGCGUGUUUGCGCGGGGGAGGGACAGGGCUCAUCAGCGCCAGCCUAUAAGGUCAAGUAUUCUGGUAGUCAAUGUGGAAGCUACUAGCAGCUUUACCAAAUGA